CACCAUUUUUUGGUAGUGUGGUUGGGCUUAUCUGAAAUAAUGUAGUGCACAAAUAACUACAGCUUCACAGAAUUAUGUGUAGAAGCAAACAAAGCUGUCGAGUGUGAAAAUGGGGGCAAAAACACUGUGGAGGCUAGUAUAAAUGCUCAUAAUGACAGUUUGAACUUAUAGAAUGAUAGAAUGAUCUUAGCAAGCUUUUUAAGGAAUAUUCUAAAAACAGCAAUCAACACAUUGACACACCAUUCUAGUUUACUGGUCACUGAAAGAGUAAAAAAUGGGCUAUAUUGUUGUUGGCUUCAGUCACUAAAGACACAGUAGAUCACCCUCGAGUACCAUUAGGUCCAUGUUGAUCAAAUAGCCAAAAACUGUAAAACUGUAACCUUCAGUAUUGGACUGAUGGCCAGUGUAAAAUGUUAUAUAGGGAUCCUAUAGAAACUUUUAUUACUGCGCUUUUUUAAGGAUAAGGGACGUUUAACUUUUUCCUAGUGGGACCUAGGAUGGUACCAGCCUUUACAUAAAUUUGGCCAUGUGCACCCCCAUUCUGUUGUUUAAUUAAAUAUCAACUACAAAAAUAUUAACUUUCACUUCUGAUGUCUUACACAUAGUUUUGUGUUGAAGGCUCUUUCAGCCAAGGAGCUUCAGCGUAGACGGUUCAAUGCUGAACCUGUUAUUGUCAACACAGAUAUGUACAGUUUCUGUUCUUACUAAAUAAGUUCAGUUAAUAGGUCACAUAAACACGGGAUUACAGUGUGGCGUAAGAGAGUGUAAUCUUCAUAUGACUCAUACAGGACAUUUACUAAGACUCUGUCUUUACGCAGAACUCUACAGACAUCCUGCUAUUAGAUGAACCUUUAGUCACUUGUUGCAUGCGGGAGGCCUACUUCUGUAUCCCCACCAUUGUUUAUGAGCCAAUAGCCAAUCAGAGAAGCAGAUUAUGGCUGUUGUUAUGACUGGACACAGCAUACCCUCCCUGUUGCUAGAGCUAAAUCUUCAUAAUCCCCCAAGGAAAUCUCCUAUUGACUAGGACACAUACCAUCAGCCACCCACUCAGUAUUGGAGGAUGGUACAGGGGUGUUCGGCCUGGGUGGAGCCUUGCUUUUUUUGAGUGUGUGGGAGGAGGGUGAGGGGUGGGGGUUGAUGGUCUAUUGGUCAGGCUGCAUUUGUCUUGAGUUAUUGUCCUGAGUGUGGGGAGGCCCUGGUGUAAAUGCCUUAAGAUUCCUGGCUCCAGGAGGCUCCAUUGUGUUCAUGCACUUCUUUGAAAGCGUGAGAGGAAUGCACUGGCUGGGAAAUACGCAUCUAAAUCACCUUCAGCUAAUUCUGAUCCUUUAUUUUGUAGAAAAGUAGAGAAACUUAAGAAAAUAAUAAUGUAUCUAUUUUUCUUUUUACCACAAAGAACAGGAAGAUGAAAAUGGUGGAUUUUGUAACACAAACAAUGCCUGCAGAGAGUGACAUACACGUGGCCAGGAGCUUUCUAACGAAGAUUUUGCGAAGUUCUAUGAGGAGGCAUGAACCUUUUUGCAGACCCCACUCUUGGCACUCUUCCAAAGUGUCUGAAAAUCCCUCAGACGUCCCUGAGACUGAAUCCACUGCUGUGCUCGAACCUAUCUGGCAGACAAAGUAUGAUGCAGGUACAUCCUCAAAUGACUUCACCAACUGUUGGGGCCAGACAAAUCUACGACAGGUGUCCUGCAAGUUCAGCUCAGUGGGAAAUAUGGAAAGCCUAGAGCGCUCCUCUAGCAAGCCUCAGGGUGCAACAGACCACUCGGUGGCUGGGAAGGGUGUCUGUAAGCACGACUAUAGCACACCUGACCAGAGUUUGUCGAGAAGUGGUGCUGCCCCCACAGACUGUAUGUUUUAUCGGGGCAGCCCAAGUGAACGCCACAGGUACCUACAGAUUCCUAUGAGCAAUGGAGGUCGGGUCAGCCCUAAGAUAGAUGACCAGACUGGUUCCAGAUUCUGCUCCUCAGGGAGGCCGAAUCUUAACCCUGUUUGGCAUGUUCCAGAGAAGUCUUCAGCCACCCACUCUCCACCACCACCUCUGCCACCCCUACGCAGCGACAGUUUUGCAGCAACUAAGAUUCAUGAAAAGGGAUUAGUGAUCCCAUACCCACAAGGACCUCCUGCAUAUCCCCAUCAGAAAUCCCACAGCAGAGGUACAGAGAGACAGUUUGAUGAUUACCAUGUCAGAGAAAGAGGACCUGAAUCACGAUGUAGCUACAACCCACCGUCUAAGAAGGAUUUUCUCCGUGUAUACCUUUCUCCUGAGGACUACAACCCAAAUCAGCUGAAUCCAAACAAGCUUGUUUCCCUAUCUAGCACUGAUGUGAGACAAGGCCAAAACCCAUUUGCCUGUCAGCCUCAACAUCAGCGGCAGCACAGCGAUGAGGGCCCCUUCUACCUGCAUCCCAGGAACAUAUCGGCACCCAAGACGCAGACUGUCGGCACCUAUUACCGCAGUCUACAGCAUCUACCCACCAAUGCAGGAGCCCAGAACCAAGCUAGAAGCUCCACGGCAUCUCUGUCUAGCACAGCUCCAGACAACAACCCUGAUGGAAUGGCACAUUUCCGAUACUAUUGCAUCACUGCCCAGCAGCCUACACAGGAGGUGCCAGAAGGAAGAGUGGAGGACGGAUGGAGGCCAGAAUCUGAGAUGACCCAGGCUGUUAGCGAUUGGAACCCAGCAAAUACUCAAAAGGCCAUAAAAACUAAGUACCCUCCACCUUACCUGCAGGCAUCUGAGAACAAAAACUCUAAUGGGUACUGCAAACAGACGGUCAGCCCUCCAGCAUCAGAAGUUACCUCUCCAGGACAAGGUCCUGUGAUUGUGAAGUUUGGCUCAGGGGAGAAAGAGAAGGAAAAUCAAUGGAAGAAAGAUGUAGGAACUGCUGAGAACCUUCAAAGCAAGCACUCACUGAACCACCAGGCAGAGCAGAGAAAUCCUGCCACCACAGCACACCGAAAUACCCCAAAGGAUCCUUGGAUCUCCAAGAACGAACAUAAGAUCUGUCCACAGAAGACCCCAUUGUUGCAUUCUCUAGCUCAGGAGAGCAAGAUGAUGGCUGACAAUACUAUGGGGACAGCCAAUGGAGGCACCCAGCAAGAGACACUUGAUCCUUCAAGUGGCAAGCAGGGAAGGAGAAGUGACCGUUAUGCCACCACCUUGCGUAACGAGAUCCAAGAGAAGAGAGCCCAGCUUCAGAAGAGCCGAAGUGCUGCCACCUUAAGUUGUCCUGGUGAGACUGAGGAGGACGCUGGUAUCUGGAAGUCCACAGAAACUUCAACGUCAUCAUCAGAUGGGUCAUUUACAAACACCUACAAGGACAACCUAAAAGAGGCUCAAGCUAGGGUUCUACAGGCCACAUCAUUUAAGAGGAGAGACCUUGAGCUUCCAGGGAAUGAAGCUUCUACAAUUCAAUCAUCUACAAAAGCAGAUUCUAAUAAUGGCCAAAUCACUCGUAUUGGAAGCCGAAAACGGUUCCCCAUGGACAAGAAAAUACAUUCCUUCUCAGAGCCUGACAAGAUUAAUGAAGUGGGGGUGGAGGAAAAAGGCCAAGCAGCUAUUGGUUCUUUUGUAGAUAGAUGCAAGUUCUUUGAAGGAGCUUCUAGACCCACGUUCUCCAGACCUAUCCCAAAGAAGUCUAACCUCAGCCCCAGUGAAGACGUCAGUGGAGGGAAAAACAGUUUUAUAGGUGAAAAUGAUCGAAAGUCCUUCUCCAGACAUCAUUUUGGGACAAGUAAAGCGACCGCAGCUGAGGAGCAACAGCGGCUGGGAACUUUUGCAGAAUAUGAGGCAACAUGGAAUUUGCAGAGGAAGUCAACAGAAGGAAGAACAUCCAGCAGGUAUCGCUCAGCAGAGAACAUUUUGGAUUCGGGGAUAGAGGAACGCAACAGCUCUGUUUGUAUUCAUGAAAGGUCCAGAUCUUCUCCUUCAGCAGACUUCCAUGAGGGAAAAGUCAGUCUGCCAUCACAGAAGUCUGAGGAAGAGUCUCAUCCAGAAAGCAAGCUGGAUCAACAAGAGCUUCCUAUUGACAGUACAUCUGAGAGAGGACACUGCCAGCUCAUCAUCUCUGAGUCUCUGGAUACAGGAAGUGAUCCUGAUCACAGAGACAUGACAGCACCACUCCCCUCUACCCACACCACCAAAGCGUCCAGCCCACUACCUCCACACCCUCAUCACCUCCACGUCCAAGACCCUGUGCUUGAGCAACUGCUUCCUCCCAACAAUGCGGGCCCUGCGCCACAAAAACCUGCCCAGCCCAGAGAGGACCAGUCUACACAGCUGGAAACCACAUGCCCAUCAAGCUCCCUGGAAGCCCUCCCAAGCCUGGGUCACUCCCCAGAGAAAGACCCACAUCCUGCUAUAGCACUAGGCCCUGACUGGAGGUCAGAAAAUGACAAUCCUUUCUCUGAAGUGACUGCACCCUUGGUGAAUGGGUCUACACAGUUUUUGCCCCAGAAGCUGACUGAUGAACCUCUUGCCAGCAUGCAGCAUCGAGAUGUUUGCAGUGACAAGAUGGAAACUACAUUAGAGCCCAGUUGCGUCGUGAAAAAAGCCCCCACAGGAACUGUCCAUGCAGAAAGUCACUCUGAGGAAGAAAGGCAUUUUCUGGCACAGAAGGACAUGCCUGGAGGCCCUGCCGGGACAACUAACCACCAGCUAUGCCGACCAUACUCUCCAGAGCAGUCCCGUUCCCUGUCCCAUGAUUACACUUACCAAAGACCACAGAAACCUACUGACUCCAGUCCUUUAGAAGGCCAAACUAUAGUUGGCCCCACUCCGGAGAACACAGAGCCGACGAGGCUGAGAACAGUUCCUGCUGGCCGCUCUGAGGAGGAUGAGAAGAGAGAGGAGCUAGCCAGAGACAUAAUGGUGAAGGAUAGGAGUCUGGUGGACAUAUUGGAUCAGAGUAAGAUGAAGACCACCAUGGACCUCAUGGAAGGGAUCUACCCCCAGGGGGAGCAGAUUCUGGAAGGUGCGCAACAAAGGAGAAAGAGUGGGCCAAAACAGACAUCUCCCAAAACUACACAGGAGAGAAGAGUGGACGACAAUAUGGCCGCUUCUGUCUCGCUGGUGACGAGUUCCUCUUACUACAGCACGUCUGCACCCAAAGCUGAGCUGCUGAUUAAGAUGAAGGACAUGCAGGAACAGAUGAAGGAGCAGGACUCUGAGGAUGAGCUAGACUAUGACCUGUCCAACAAGAAGCAAGAGCUGAUCGACAGCCUGAGUAAAAAGCUACAGGUGUUGCGUGAGGCCAGAGAGAGUCUUCAGGAGGACAUGCAGGACAACAAUGCCCUGGGCGAGGAGGUGGAGGCCACUGUGCAGACUGUCUGCAAGCCCAACGAGCUGGACAAGUUCCGCAUGUUUGUUGGGGAUCUGGAUAAAGUGGUCAGUCUACUGCUGUCCCUGUCAGGCAGGCUGGCACGUGUGGAGAACGCACUCAACAACCUGGAAGAGGGGGCCUCAUCCGAAGAGAAGCACACACUGAUAGAGAAACGGAAGUUGCUGAUUCGCCAACACGAAGACGCCAAAGAGCUGAAGGAGAACCUGGACCGAAGGGAGCGUGUGGUUUACGACAUCCUGGCCAGCCACCUGAGCGAGGAGCGCCUAGCGGACUACCAGCACUUUGUUAAGAUGAAGUCAGCUCUCAUCAUUGAGCAGCGUAAGCUUGAAGAUAGGAUUAAACUGGGAGAGGAGCAGCUCAAGUGUCUGAAGGACAGCCUGCCUCUGGAGCAGAGGCUGCGCUACUGAACCAAGAAACAUUCACUUUAAUCUGUGCUUAGAGGGGAUCACUAGCACGGCUCUACAACAUACUGGACUGUACUGGACUUUGUGAUACUGAUAUGGCAGAAUGCUGCAAUACACAAGUUAACCCUCUAACCAGUGUAUUAUGAUGUGCUGUGAACUUCCUGACCAACCUCAGAUGAUGAUCCAACUAAUGUAAAUCAUUUUGGGCAAAAUUAAUGCAGGCUAUUCACCAGUGUGUUUUAAUAUAUUGUAAAUGAUAUCAAAACGCAAGAUGUAGCAAAAUAAUCGCGAUAUGGAAUUUCGUCCAGCCCUCAUCACUACUAUCUUCAGCACCGUGGCAGUUUCCUUUGUGCACACAAAGCCUUGGCCUUCCCGGGAUUACACAAGUAAUAGCAGUACUGAGUAGACUGGUCAGCUCUUAAUGACAUCAUCAGGGGCUGAACUAUUGAUUGAGUUCUCUAUCAAAUGUGUACACUUUCAGAGGAUAUUUAUGACUAACUCAUACCAUGCCAGUGGUGGUGAUAGGAACCAGACAUCUGAAGACUUCAAAGUCUCUAAAAGCUCCCUGACAGAAGUUAUUAGGUAAAAUGGUUAUAAACAUGCUGCCUGAUGCCCGAAACAUUGGUUUAUGAUAGUUUUGAUAGGAGGUUUUGGACUAAAACAUAUUUUUUAUACCCCAUUCAUAUCAGAGGGAUACACACAAAGCAUUGUAAGGCAAAAUAGUCCCUAAAGAAAACUUUUCCCCCCAAAUUUACAGCAAUUUUAUCAUUUUUCACAUUAUAUUUAAAACUCCCGAGAAGUGUAGGUUCACUGGUCCUCAUGGAUUGUAAAUAAAAUGCCUAUAUCUGUGUUGUAGACAUAGUGACCCCUGAUUCUUAUCACCACCACUUUAAAGAAAUCUGAGAAAAUUUGAUUGACUUUGUUUACACCUCAACAAGUGAAUUACACAAAAAAAUGAAAAAUGAAUAGAAUUUUUAACUUGAAGAGUCUCUCAAGCAAACAUAGGUUUGAAAACUCAUCUCAGUUUUGGUAUUAUUACGUUUUAGUCGCUGGUCUUGCAUGUAACAACAAUUUCAGCAGCAUUCUUAGCCUUAUCUGAAUGGAUCUGUGAAUAUUUUUUGAGGGCAUGUGUUAUUUAACCAGUUUUCUUCUCAAAAGACAUUUCCACCCAGAGGUGGUGCAUUUGUAUUCUUUUAAUUAUUUAUUUUUUUAGAGAGAGAAAUGACCUAAGUGGAGUGUUUAGACUUCACUUCAAUGCGUUUUUAGUAUACUGUACAUUCAGAAUAUAAUAAUGUUUCAUCAAAAGUGUAUUAUCAUGUUCAUAAAUGAAGAUGUUUCUAUGGCCUGGCAUUAUAUUUGUAGCAUUUCACCUAUUUGCAGCUAAUAUAUAUCUCUUAAGCCUUGACUUUAUCAAGCUCAUACAGUGCAAUGAAUCUGAAAAAGCUACCUUUUUUCUUUGUACAAAAUCAGAAGCCACUCAAAUGUCCAGUCAAAAUGGCCAUUAAGGACAAGUUCAGAAGGUGUUUUUUGAAGACAUUAGGUAGACGAUAAUCCACUUGAAUAAGGAAGCGGAAAGUCAAAGGAAAAUAUGUGAAAAAACAAAACAAGUUAAAAUAACUGAUUAAAAGAUACAGAGUAAAUGGGGCUCCUAACAGCUGUGUAAGACCUGCUAAACCACCAAAACU